AUCAAAUUCAUUCAUUUCUUUAACUUUGUAUAGUAUUAAGUAAUUUAUUUCCAUCGUUUUUGUAUGUGUAGUAUUAGUUAUCAAUCAACAUGAUUUUCGAAAUAGAUCCCUAAUUAACAACGUAAACAAUGACUGGUUCCAGUGGGAGUUAACUUCGCGAAUAAAGGAAUUUCACGAGUACAAAACUCUAUGAUUAAAGGAAAACACUGAUCAAAUGAAUAAUGAAAAAUUACGAUUCCCAUGACAAGACGAAAGAUAAACAACUCGAAGUGAAUUUAUUAAUCAAAGAUUCGCCUAAUAAACUAGACGAUGAGCGCGUAUCCGAUGCCCCCCAGUGUCCUUACAAUCAGGAUUUCAAAAGCCAAAGCUUACCAGACUGCACUAACAAAGAUGAAAUGUAUUUGGACUUGGCUGUAGACCAAUGUGAUAGCAGGCAAUUGGAAGACAACUCUCCGAGCCCGAAGAGCGAAUCUUGGUUUAAAUCGUUCAGAACCUGGCCGGAACGGUACGAAAAGCUAAAAAACCUAGACAACCAGUCCUGUUCAUCGAAAAGCCCUUCGAAAUGCGCAAAUACUCAAGAAAUCUCGAAUUGUGAUCGCGGCGAUAAUCUGUAUAUUAAAAACACGCUUUCAUUUAACGAGGCCCUGCAAAACAUAUCCCUAGCUUAUAGCCCUAUCACCAAACAACUACAUUUAGUAGAAGCAACUAAGACUGAUACUAACGAAGACAAAGACUGCACCAAUAACGAGGAGCCCGUCAAGAAACUGGGCCACAGGAGAACGGAGGCCGGUUCAUUUUCGAGCACCAUUUCCAGCGUAAGUGCUAUCAGCGAUCAAUCGACAUCAGGCAGUUUAAUCGGCUCGGAAGAAAGGUCUCUAUCCAGUUUGGAUAUCUCUCACGUUAAAUCGAGAAGGAGAAGUUUAACGAACUUUUUAUCGAAGCAUAUUUUCACGUGGAAAGGCUCGUCUAACGACCCGCUUCCCGGUAACGGCGUUUGGAAGCUCUUCGGUAAACAAUCCAGCGAUUGUUCGCAUAUUUCGCCCGUCCACGUCGCCAGUUCUUCGGCGUUAAUCCAACACGAAAGGCCUUCGAAUCUACCCGCCAAAUCGCUCAAGGAGGAACAGAAGCACAAGGACGAGUACAAGGCCAUUUUAGCGGCGGCCAAAAAGAAAGAGGCCCAAUCGUCGGUGGCCAAACAGAAGCAGCAGAAGCUCCAGUUGAAGUUGGAGGAACAACAGGCGGCGGCCGCCAAGCAUUUCGCUCAAACUGUCCUGCCCGAUUGGGAUGCGAUGCGCUGCAGCAAGAGAACCGUAGACCUUUGGUGGCAAGGCCUCCCUUCCAGCGUAAGAGGAAAAGUCUGGAUAUUAGCGAUAGGAAACGAUUUGAAUCUCACCCCUCAAUUAUACGAUAUAUGUCUCAAUCGAGCUCAAAGCCGCUUGAGCAGCCCCGAGUCGAUACCGUCGGACGCCAACGGAAGUCAAGAGAGUUCUAUGGAUGUGAUCCGGCUGGACAUCGCCCGGACGUUUCCGCAUUUGGGUAUUUUCCAGGAAGGCGGUCCUUAUUCGGACACGUUGCAUUCAUUGUUAGCCGCCUACGUGUCUUACAGACCGGACGUGGGUUACGUCCAAGGCAUGUCCUACAUCGCCGCCAUAUUGAUAUUGAACAUGGACCCAUGCGAUGCUUUUAUUUGUUUCUCGAAUUUGUUGAAUCAACCGUUGCAUUUGUCGGCGUUCACGUUGAACCAGUGUCGCAUGCAGGCGUAUUACAACGCGUACGAUCGGAUAUUUUGCUUCAAUUUGCCGAGAUUGCACCGGCAUUUCGAGCAGAGCGGCCUGACGCCCGAUUUGUACCUGUUGGACUGGAUUUACACGAUCUUCGCGAAGGCCAUGCCGUUGGAUAUCGCCUGCAGGGUUUGGGACGUGUUUCUGCGCGAUGGAUACGAAUUUAUCUUUCGAACGGCUUUAGGUAUUCUUCAUUUGCAUCAGGACGAGUUGAUGUCGAUGGAUUUUCUGCAAGGUUCGCAGUUCCUCACUCACCUGCCCGAGGAUAUUUCGUCGGAGUUGCUCUUCAGGAGUAUACAGUUGGUUCAAACGUCUAUCAGUAAACAGAGUUUCACGCAAAUCGUGGAACAUUAUGCGUUUUCGACGAGACACAAAGACGAUUGGUGAUCUAGGGAGUACUCGAUUGGAAUGUAGGGUGUAUCGAAAAUAAUUCAGCGCUCGGUAUAUUGAGGAGCGAAUAAACUUUUUAUAGUAGAAGAAAAUGUGAUAAUCUCCGAACUGCGUUGUCCAAAGAGGAGAAAAUCGGAAUCUCGAUAAAACGUUUGAUUUGAGUGCGAGUAAGUAAGAAUAUUAUUAAAAGAGAUAUAAGUAAGUAGCGAAUAAGAACAAUAUGAAAGAUACAUGUGUUAAAUUUAUUUUUUUCAAUUUAUCAUACACACGAGUCUAUUAUCUAAUUUUAUUUUUCAUUUUUUAAAAUAUACACCUUGCGGGAGCUAACUAGUGUUAUAGAUAAAAUUAAGUUAUUUUUUGAAAUAUUUAAAUUGCCUAUUUACUAUUCAAUGUUUUUUUACAAACAAAUUGUGAAGUAUAACAAGCUUUUUUUAUUAGUAGAAGGUUGGUUAAAAGUAC